AAAUGAACAGCCAUCAUGGCAGCCCUGCACACUCUGCUCCGCCGAGCGUCCGACUUGUUUCGGACGAGCUCGGGUGUGCCUCAACAGCUGAAGCCACCGGCCGCGGACGGAGAGGUGGUCUUCUGCAAGAACAACGUCUGCGUUCACCCUCCAGUGUCGUCGAAGAAUGGAGUAACGCACCACCCUGGUUACCUCACCAUCAAGGUGCACCAUGACGAGGUUCUCGGCCUGAGCCUGCGCCUCAGCUGGAUCCCCAAUGCGUCACUCAAGAAGAACCCUCGCAGCCUCGAGAACCGUACGCCCUGCAGCUCGCCCUGUCGAAGCCCCAGUGUCUGCACCAGUGUGUGCCCGAGCCCCACUGUGCACCAGCGGCAUUUCCGGCGCGGCUCCACCAGUUCUGGGAACCAGCCUGCACCGGAUGAGGGCUCCACAUGUCAAUUAAGCUGCGACCAGCAGAGCAUCAGCUCGGCCGUCUCGGACAUGGGGAGUCCACAGGAGGAGCAAGGCAGCCUGGACUCUUGGACGGCCAGUGACCAGGCCGAGAUGACUGCAUCAACGGCGGGGUCACCAGCAGGGUUGUCUCUCGACCCCAGCGAAGGUGACCUCUGCGGUGCCGGAACCAGCGCCACCGUCUCCAAAAUGCCGAGCUGCGAGGACGAGAGCGUGUCGGGGGCCGACUGCAACGGGUCUUCGUCGUCGGCCAUUGGACCAGAGGAAGUGACGGCUGCUUUGGAGUCCAUGAUCAGCGGCCUUAACCAGAUCGACGCAGGAAGUGUCGUCGGCAGCAAAAGUUCCUUGGCCAGUUCAGCCAUGCCUGCGAAAGAAACAUCUGCGACUUCGUUGGGGAACGCGGAGGACAUGUCAGGCCGGUUCGAGAGAAACGGCACGGCCAUAUCUGACGCACCAUGGAAAGACGCGGGUGACUAUCAGGGCAGGUGGCGACAUACAUUACAACCAGCCUUGGCAUUCGGAAUGGAAUGGCAGCAUCCGUCGCGCAGCCGGGCCAAGCCGCAGCCGGAGUCGCUCCGAAGCAUGACCGACUCGGGGAUCGCCUCUGGACCCACCAUCAUGGUGAGCCGACACAGUGGCUGCUCCAGUGCCGACCUGGCUACGUGCGAGUCUGGCAGGAGCAGUGGACUGGUCUCGUCGGGCUCAUCGGAAGGACCGGACUCCGGCCAGCAAAGCCCGUUUCCUGGCGACGACGGCUCGAAGUGGCUUCUGGAGCGGCUACGAUCUGGCUCGCGCUUCAUGCUGGAAGAAGGCACGCCUGAGCAGCUCGCGCACGCCCACAACCUGACCUUUCCGGACAGCGCCUCUCUGAGCGGACGGAGUCCGUCGCGGUCGUCCAUGUCGAGGGAGAGUCCGUGCGGACAGUUCUCCGUUGACUUGAGCCAGAUGCGAUCACUGCGGCUGCUGUUCAGCAACCGUGAGUGUACCUGCGGCCAGCUGGUGAUCGCCAGUCGGGAGAGCCAGUACAAGAUCUUCCACUUCCACCACGGGGGCCUCGAGAGGCUGGCGCCGGUCCUCGGAGACUUCGACUUCCUCACGCGGGGCAAGAAGAGCAAAAACGAGAAUUGCCCGUACGACCACUUCUCGGUGUCCAAGCCUCAGGUGUCGGCUGAGGAAUGCCACCCAGAGGAAGGCCUCUACAGCACGCCAGUUGACGAGGAGGCCUGGCGGCAGUACAUGAACGACGACGGGAGCAUCGACGAUGACUUUCAACUGCGAAAGGCAAUCUUUUUCAGAGGCUUGGAUCCCAGGCUACGGAGGGAGGCAUGGCCGCUGUUGCUUCAGCACUACGCCUUCUCGACAACUUUCGAAGAGCGGGAACAAAUUCGCAACGACCGAUUUCUCGAGUACCAGGAUAUUCGCAAGCAGAGAGAGCGGAUGAGCCCGGCUGAGCGCGAAGCCUUCUGGCGGAACGUCGAAUGUACCGUGGAGAAGGACGUGGUGCGCACUGACCGGACCAAUCCUUUCUAUGCUGGUGACGACAAUCCCAACAUCGAGAUCAUGAAGAACAUCCUCCUCAACUAUGCGGCUUGCAACCCGAAACUCGGCUACACCCAGGGCAUGUCCGAUCUCCUGGCUCCUGUCCUGGCCGAAAUCCAAGAUGAGUCCGAAGCCUUUUGGUGCUUCGUGGGGCUCAUGCAGCGCACCAUAUUCGUCAGCUCCCCCAAGGACGGUGACAUGGACCUUAACUUGGAGUACAUGCGAGAGCUUCUGCGGCUGAUGACACCGCGCUUCUAUGCGCACCUGGAGUGCCAGUGCGAGCACUACCCGGACGCCCUGGAGCUCUUGUUCGUGCAUCGCUGGCUGGUUCUGUGCUUCAAGCGUGAGUUUGCCGAGCCGGAGGCCCUGCAGAUGUGGGAGGCGUGCUGGGCCCGCUACCAGACGGACUGGUUCCACCUGUUUCUGGGUGCGGCCAUCGUAGCCCUGUACGGAGGCGAUGUCGUCGACCAGGGCAUGCGGCCUGACGAGAUGCUCCUCCACUUCAGCUCCCUGGCGGGACACAUGGACGGGGAUCUGGUGCUCCGUAAGGCACGGGGCCUCUUGCACCAAUUCCGGCUCCUGCCGUGGAUCCCGUGCACUCUCGCCAGCCUGUGCGAGCUGUGCGGUUCCGGCAUGUGGGACAGCGGUCACGUGCCAGUCGUCGAGUGCCGUGGCGGUCACGGCGGCCGGUCCUGUCCAUACGGUGGCCAAGACCCCGUGGCGUCACCUGACUCCACCGCCACCAACCAUGUUCCCUGAUCUUCAGCCUCCGCAGCUCCGCGUGGUGGCAGCUGCAUUUUUCCGUUUCUUCGUUUCGCAGACGGAGAGCAGUCGGGGGGAAGUAGCGAUGCUUCUUCGUCACACGCGUGUUUGUUCUCAAAAGCUCAGGACUACCUGUUCCCGCAAUUGAGAAAGGAAGGGAGAAAGUCCUCAGACUAGUAAGGGGGGUAGAAGUCCGGGCGGAUUUGCGAGUAGCUUGCCAACUUGCGAGUACCAAAAAAUGCUGGCGAACGAGUUCAGGUGUUCCCACAAGGUGGCAGAAUGGUUAUGCAAGGAAAAAUUGACAUUUACUUUUGCAAAGUUACCAAGAAAUCCACUCAAAGAAAGAGAAAUUGACAACCACUUUUCUGCAGCUCGAAGCCACAAGCUAAUCCUUACAUAUUACUCAGACUCGAAACGUUUCAGGAGUGGUCGCUAUGCCAUUUGAUGAGCAUCCGUAUAAACUUCAGUGUGGCUCUUCAUGCUACAAACAAGUGGUUAUAAAUUCCCCUUUCUUUCGCGACCCUUCUGCCACCUUGAAGUUCUGCAGCACUGAUUUGCAAAUUCACAUGGAUUCCUAGUUCACGGAAAAUUCUCGCCUGUAAAGGGAUUGAGCCCAGGACCCACGCCUUGUGGCAGUCACUCUUUUCGGUUAGCGAACCAUGAUGCUGGCCUGUGUAAACGUAUCUGCCCCCUUAUCGCUGAUGCAUUUUAUCUUUGAUAUGCAAAG